AUGCCGAUGGACAAGCUGAGCAUGUUCAGGGUUAUCUCCUUUACCUUGGCUGGUGGAGAUUUUGUCCAAACGAUACCCGACACUCUUCGGCUUUACCGGAAACAAUGGGUCAACAGGAGCUUGAGCCCAAUCUGUGUUUUCUAUGCUCUCGCUCGAUAUAUGAGCGCACUCUCCUUAAUAACAAACGGUGUCGGUUUUUUUGGCACUUCUUUCACGGCAGCAAGCUGCAAAAGAUUUUACAUGCUUCCGAACGUUACAGCCAUGCUCGCCGGAAUGUCAGUACAAGUCCUCAUAUACAUCCGCACGUACGCCAUUUCCGGUCGUUCCAAAUACGUCAGAUGGGGUCUGAUUGGGUUGCUGGCGGUCUGCAUGCCGCUUCAAGUUUUCGGCAUCUGCUACCAUCGAGAUCCAGUCCUAUCUUCGCGCGGAGGGUGUAAGGGAAAGGUCCUACAUCGUGGAGAUCCUGACUGGAACAUCGUCUAUUACAGUGCUCAUAUGGCCUUCGAUCUGGUUGCCUGUGCCACAGCGACGUUCUAUCUGGUCUUUAUGUCCAGGAUGCAUGGCCGAUUCAACAUGUCCAAAUUUCUACGCCGUGUUCUCCGAAACGGACUGUUGUACACCUUUGCCGUGUUUGCCGCCAACUUUUGGGUCGUUCUCGAGUUCGCUGGAGUUCUAAAUACCGGUGCUGCGUCAACCCUACCGCUUGCUGUCGUGAUGAUCGCUGCCGCCCAUCUUAUCCUCAGCACGCAACGUUUGCACCCCGCCGCUCCUUACACAACCAGUGAAGACGAUGCUCAUACGCCUAAUGAAACUGGCCCGGCAAUUCUUUUCCAUCAUCGCACAACACACGAUCUAGAGCUAGACUCCAAUGUCUACGGCAAUCAAAAUAAUAAACACCUUCCGUCCUCCAACGAUUCCCAAGAUACCAGCAGGCAUAAAGGCGAAAGCCAAGGCUCCGUGACCCGGACUAGCGAGGCUUAA